AUGCAAAAAGGAAAUUGCUGUCCUGUGACUCUUCAUGUAGGACCUGUGAGAAAUCUGCUGAUAUGUGUACUACAUGUCCAGAAGGGGAUAUUUUAAUGAUUCUGAGACUUGCAAGGAAUGCAGUGGAUCCUGUAAGACAUGCACAGGAAAUGCAACCAAAUGCCUAUCCUGUAAAAGCCCUUUGCUUUUGGAGCACUGGAAAUGUAAACCUACCUGUUCAGAGAAGCAUUUUGCCUCUGAAGGAAUCUGCAAACACUGCCCUGAAAUGUGUCAGGAAUGCAUUCACAAUGAAAUAUGCAAAGAGUGUAUGGACCAGUUCUUCCUGCACGAGGGGAAGUGUGUGCAGGAAUGCUCUUCACACUUCUAUGCUGAAGACAAGCACUGCUUUCCCUGCCAUGCUGACUGCAAGGAUUGCAAUGGGCCAGAUUCCAAUGACUGCACAGCAUGCACCUUCAACUUGUUUGUCCUCUACAAUGGCAUGUGUUUUGAAGAGUGCCCUGAAGGGAGUUACUAUGAAGAAGCCACUGGAGACUGUCAAGCAUGCAACAGGACAUGUCAGACUUGUUCUUCUUCCAAUGCGUGCCUUACUUGCAGAAAUGGCCAGAUAUUGAAGCAUGAUGGGCACUGUGUGGUAUCUGAGUACUGCUCUCCCACUGAGUUCUAUGCUGAGGAAACUCAGACUUGCAAGUCUUGUCACAAGAAAUGCUUCCACUGCUCAGGACCCACUGAACACCAGUGUCUUAGCUGUGAAAAUAACCGCUAUCUUCUCAAUACAACCUGUGUUGAAACAUGCCCAGAUGGAUAUUAUGCUGAUAGUGAUGAGGGGCAAUGUUCUGCAUGUCACAGUGCCUGUGUCACUUGCACCGGAAAAUACAGCUCACAGUGCCUUUCCUGCAAACCGGGUUGGUACAGACAAGGAAAAGGAUGCGUAAACCAGUGUCCAUCAGGGUAUUUUGCACAAAAUUCCACUGGAUUAUGUAAGAGAUGCCACAAGAAUUGUAAGGAGUGUACGGGACCUCAACCCACAGAUUGUCUUUUAUGUGAUACAUAUUUCUACCUGUUGCACUCGAAGAAUGAAUGUGUUAGCUCUUGUCCUCAGUACUACUAUGAAAACAAGGACAACAAUGUCUGUGAAAGAUGCCACCCUUCCUGUCUAACUUGUGAAGGAAAGGGAGCAUUCAGCUGCACAUCUUGCGUAUGGAGCUACAGUUUAUUAGGUGGAAUGUGCAACUCAGACUGUUUUGUAGGUGAAUACAAAGUCCAGGAGACACCAGGACAAGAGGAAGAUGAACCCAAGUGUGAGAAAUGUGACAGCUCAUGCACUGAGUGCAAGGGACCUGGUCCUCUCAACUGCACAGUCUGUCCAGCUAGCAUGCAGCUCUACCUAGAGGAAAGUCGCUGCCUGCCCUGCUGCAGUGACUCUGGUCCAGCAGGCAACACAGAGUGCUGUGACUGCAGUGAAACACAAGAUGACUGUGUAUUACAGAACACUGUACCCCCCAAGAGAAAAAGCAAAACUACUUUCUUUGUUAUCACUUGCAUUUUGCUUCUCCUUGUCAUUGGAGCCAUUGUAUUCAUCUGGAGAAGAUCAAGAGCCAAAACCCAGGCUGUCAAUAAAGGUGGGUAUGAAAAACUGACAAAUCACUCCAAAACCUUUCCUUCCUGUGUGAACAACUACCACAAGAGUCCCAGUUACCAGGAGGAUCAAGUGAUUGAGUACAGAGAUAGAGAAAAUGAGGAUGAUGAUGAUGAAGAAGAUGACAUUGUAUACAUGAGCCAGGAUGGCACAAUCUAUCGCAAAUUUAAAUAUGGACUUUUGGAGGAUGAUGAGGAAGAUGAACUUGAAUAUGAUGAUGAAAGUUAUUCAUUUAGAUAAGUUUUUACUAACUUACUAAUAGUAAAUUGGUCCUGCUCUGUUGUUUUUCCUAUGAAAUUACAGCAAUUUAGUUAAGUAUGUUUAGUUACUUGAUAGCAUGCUGACCUCCAAAUUUUUUGCUAAUAGUUAUUGUGAGAGCAGAAUGGUUUCUAAAAACACUUUUUCGUAAAGCUUUGCAUAAAUCCUUUCUAGACUUUUAAGUAUCACUCCAGAUAUAGUCUGGUUAAGAGAUUAUGUUUCUGUGCAUUUGUGCGGAGAAUAAUUCCUUUCCCAAUAUGUAUUUGUGUGCAUUAUAAGUAAUACAGACUUUACUUCAAACUAUGCACACACACUUAUUAAGAACCUUGUCAAUCACUACCAGAAAUGUGAUAAGCAAAGUUAAUAUAUCUACCUUAUGAACACCACUGGGAUAGGGUGACAGUAGUUUACUACUUUGUGAUUAUAGUUACUCAGAAGUUCAUGAUAGAGUAGGCACUUGGCUGACUUUACCUAGGUUUUCUUCACUGGUGUCACCUAGUGCAUCUGUGUUCCCUGAAGCCAACACAUUUCUCUUUAUAAUCCUUAUAGCACUCUUUCCAGGGAAUUUGGGCAUCUAUGAUGUGAAGUUUUAAGAUUUCUGAUGAUGACUACUCCUCACAACCAUAUUGUAUUCACAGUUUAUAUGAAAUAUAACUAAAAUAUUUUAUAUAUCAGCCUCUGAUUAAAAUUUAUGGUGAGUGUUUGUCAACUAAUCUUUCAUUGUACUGGAUUUACCACAAAGGGGAGUAUUGUUAAUAAGCAUGGCACACACAUACACAUGCCCCAAGCAGCUUUUCUAUUUCUAUUAUAAAUGGCUCAGGGUGUUCAGAAAAUGGCAAAGGGGAUAUUUAGCACUUAUUUGAUAACUUAAAAGAACAUAGAAAUAUGAUUUUUAAUUAUUAUUAUUGUUAUGAUAAAACAUCAUUUUAAAGAAAAGUAUACUUUGUGGACCUUUGUUGUGAAGGA